CGUGCAAACAUUCACUGACACACAUGCAUACAGGCACACAAACAGUCACAGGAGCACACGCACGGAGUGGGCGCGUCCUCGUUAGCCAGGAGCGCGGAGGGGGGCGGUCUCUCUCGCCAUUGUAGCGCCGCGCCGGCACGGACGCGCGUUUCUACCACCCUGACCAGCUUCCGCUCAUCAAAGCGACGCACACGCACUCACGAGCUCCGACUUCACCUUCAAAAUGGGAAAAAUUAACGGCUGCCUCAAAUGUCUUUUUGUCUUCUUCAACGUCGUCUUUGCUAUCGUGGGAUGUCUGCUGAUCUUCGGGGUGGUGAAGGCCAGCGUCUACAGUGCGCAGCUGUCGGCGGUGGGCGUCCCGGGCCUGGGAUGGGCGUGGGUGUUCGCCAUCGGCGUGCUCGGCAUUUCCUGUUUGGGAAUCUACGCGGGAAUAUCCGAGAAGGAGCUCGCCCUCAAGAUCUUUGCCGGCUUCAUGGUGGCGGGGAUGGUCAUCAUGCUCAUCUUCGGCAUCGUGGUGGUCGUCAUGAGGAACAAGGUGAGAGACGGCUUCCGCAGCACCUCGGCCGAGGUGGCCGAGCCCUUCAUGGCGGAGGAAGGCUUCCGGGCCGUGCUUCGGCAGCUGCAGGAGAGCGCUCACUGCUGCGGCUUGGUGAGCGCCGGCGACUGGGGCGACGACAUCCCCGCCUCGUGCGGGUGCCGACCCGGAUUGGACGGCUUCGGAGGUUACGGACUCUUCGGACAUCCCGGAUGCAAAGCCCGACCUCAGGGAACCGCGGGCCCCGAUCAGAUCUACCAACAACCCUGCGGCGAGGUCCUCGUCACCUACGCCGACUUCUUCUUCAACAUCGCCAUCGGCUUUCUCUUCGGCUUCGCCGUCACCGCCCUUCUGGGCCUGCUGGUGUCCCUCCUGAUGAUCCACCAGGUCCGACAUCAUGACCGCGGCGCCGCUUCGUCCAUGGCCAUGAAGGGCUACUGAGACGGCGAGAUCUGCGCUUGAGGAUUCUAUUUUUUAUGCUCGAAAAAUUCGAGAAUCUCUUCAGCCACCUGCACUAGAACGAUUCGACGUUGACAGUCCGCUUUUGCUGAAAGUUUUUAUACCUUUUUAUACCAUUUAACAAAAGAUAUCGAUAGAAGUGUGAAGGAGACAAACUGCUAUUAUGACAUUUUUGAAAAAUAGAACUGUUAUUUCGUGCCCAUUUAUUUGUCUGUGAUGUCAGAUGGACAACAUUAAAUUGUCUUUUUGUGUGUGUCUGAUCA